UAAUCAAUAUCUUUAUCUUGCUGAAUCAAACACCAUGGAGAAUCUUGUUUCAAGCUGGUCCAAGACUGUUCAAAUCUCGCCGGAAAACUAUGUUUUUCCCGCCGGUGAAAGGCCAGGUUCCAUCGAGGUUCCGUUAUGUCAAAACAUCCCACUGAUUGAUCUGGGUGCAGCUGAAGAUCAAACUCAAACAAUUCAAGAAAUACUUUCUGCUUGUCAAGAAUUCGGAUUCUUUCAGGUGAUCAAUCAUGGAGUUUCUGGAGAUUUAAUUGAUGACACCAUGAAAGUGGUUAAAGAUUUCUUCGAAAUGCCGAAUGAGGAGAAGGCGAAAAUAUAUUCGAUCGAUCCGAAUAAAAGUUGCAGACUUUACACAAGCAGUUAUAACUACGCCAACGAAGAGAUCCAUUUCUGGAGAGACCAUUUACGACACCCUUGUCAUCCUUUAGAUAAAUGGGUUCAUUUAUGGCCCGAAAACCCUACCAGAUAUCGAGAUGUUGUCGGGAAAUACACGGAUGAAGUGAGGAAGUUGUCGUUGAGAAUGUUGGAGUUGAUUCGUGAAGGACUCGGACUCGAAAGUGGAUAUUUUGGUGAAGAAUUGAUUAAGGACCAAUUAUUGGCGAUCAACCACUACCCCACAUGUCCAGAUCCGAAUCUAACAUUGGGAUUACCAAAACAUGCUGAUCCCAGUGUCAUUACUGUACUUUUACAAGAAAACGUGUACGGGCUUCAAGUUUUCAAGAACGGGCAGUGGCUUGGAGUUAAACCGGUGCCUUAUGCUUUUGUGGUUAAUAUCGGUCUCCAAUUACAGAUAAUUAGCAACGGGAAACUGAGAGGUGCUGAACAUAGAGCAGUGACAAACUCGAGGGAAGCUCGAACGUCGAUCGUGAGCUUCAUCAAUCCUAGUCAUGAUAGCAUCAUAGAACCGGCAAAAUCAUUGAUUGACACCGACAUCCCUCUUUAUCGACCGUUCAAAUUUGAAGAUUUCCUUAAGUUCUAUGAAAAGAAAAAAGGGGACACUACAGCAUUGAUGGAGAGUUAUAAGGUUAAACUUUAACCAUAUAUAGCUGUCAUGUCUGCACACCGUAACACUACUGUGGACAUGUGGUCAAAAUAACGCAUAUCCCUUGUCGAUUUCUUUAUUAAGAACUCUUUUGGAAUGUAAUAAGAAGUUUCAUAUGUUCUAACAAUGAUGCUUGUAGGUUCUGAUUUAUGACAAAACCUUUUGUCCC